AUGGAUCCGAAGGGCAAUUCCUGGAAUGACAGCUCCGCAAAUCUUCCCUCGGGACCUAGGACCAUACCCAUUUUGGGAAAUCUGCACUUGGUGGAUCUGAAGAGGCCUUUCAGAACAAUGAUCGAGUUGUCAAAAGAAUACGGUCCCAUUUUCUGGAUCAAACUGGGAUUCCAGGAAAUGGUGAUGCUGUCUGGCUAUGAGACAGUCAAAGAGGCUCUGGUGAACCAGGCAGAUGUAUUUGCAGAGAGGCCCUUCAUCCCCAUUUUUGAUAAUGUGGCAAAAGGUGUUGUUUUUGCUCAUGGUGAGAACUGGAAAGUGAUGCGAGGGUUCACGUUAUCCACAUUACGGGACUACGGAGUGGGCAAGAGGACCAUUGAAGACAAAAUCACUGAAGAGUGUAGUGUUUUGAUGAAGACAAUUACAACUUAUGCAGGAAAACCAUUUGAGGUCAAAACAAUUAUGACUGCUGCUUUUUCCAACAUCAUAGUUUCUAUUCUACUUGGGAGGCGCUAUGACUAUGAAGAUCCCACAUUUCUACAACUACUGAAGUUAAUAAAUGAAAAUGUUCGGCUUUUGGCUACCCCUUCUAUAUUGGUAAUCUAAUUUUCAUUUGAAAGAAAAGUCAUGAAAAAUAGGCAUCAGAAUGUGUGUCAUUCAAGCUUUAUUGGGAAGCAAAGGAUCUUUCUUCUCAUGGGUGACUGGAGCAAGAUCACUUCCAAAAGACAACAUGAACAUGAUGAUAUCAGGAUUCAAAGUCCAUCCUUGCAUUGCAUCCAAAUAUCUCAUGCAAGUAUGCAAACCACUUUUUAGCAUCCCAAUGUCCUAAUGCAUGCUUCAUCACUUCCUCUCCCUUCCUCAUACAAGUCUGUGAAUGCACUCUAAUUGGAGGGGUGGGAACCUUCAUUGCAAACACCUUUCCCAUUUUUUUUUUUACACUACUACACAACUCUAAAUGUGCUAAAUAGGACUCUUGACUAAGACUUGCAUUUGGUUUCUCAUACUCAUUUUUCCCACUGCUUGUUUGGGAAUCAACAGGAUGUAAGCAGGCGGAGAUCAUUCAAUAGUAUUUUGAAAAUGAGCACUCCCUCUCCCAAUAACUGUGUGGAAGUUUAGUCCGAUGGUUUUGGGUCUUAGUGAAUUAGAAAUAUUGACUAUCCAUAGCUCCCGUAA